AUGUCCUUUUCUACUUCCACACCGACUUCAUCUCCUCGAUCACUUAGACCUCCUGAAUCACCGAUACCACCGACGCCGUCUUCUCCAUUCUCCUCUUACAGGGGCAAUCACUUAUCUGUAUUUCCCAGGACACCACCUAGAACUCCAACGAGAGCUCCAACUACAAUACUAGAAAUUCCUGAUCAGAAUACAGAACCAUCGAUAUUUGAUUACGUAUGGUCAAAAACCAGCAAAGAGUCAUACAUAAGACCACACCAUAUGUUCCGGUUGUUGAAGAAUUUAGAAAUUGAAUUAUUCGCAGAAGGGAAUGACGAAUGCGUAGAUCGACAUUUGUUGACAAAAGAUAUUGUUAUCAAGCACAGGAUAUUAGAUGGCCUUAGAGGACAAGAUAGAAUCUCAAAAGCUCAGGCAUUUGAUAUACUAGUAGAAAGUUUGCAUGAUAUUCGAUUUAUGGAUGGUGAUAACAAGAGAAUAAUAGCAAAUUUUGGCUCAGGAGUUGGACGUGUCAGCAAGGAUCAUUAUCGUGGUACAUUAGAUAAGGAUAAGCGAAGGUCGCAUUUUGACGAAGAGAGUUUGGAUGAUUAUGAUGAGACAGCGUCUCUCAUGGAACAACAACAAGUGAGUCCGGCUUACAGUGAAGAUGUUAUGCUUGAUGCAAGUACACCUCUAAAAAGCCAUAAGCCAAUGCUGCUGAAUUCAUCAUUUGCAUCGCUGUCAGAACCAAUUUUCCAAAUUCGCCAAUCAAUCCACGAGUUGGAAAAGUUUCAUUUAAAAUUAGACUCUCAGUAUGCUUUCUUGGAAACAGAAAUCUCUCAGUUGAAGGUUAAAAAUAAUGUUGAUUUACAUGAUUUAAAGGUUUUAAUGAACAACAAUAAUAGUAUGCUUGAAAGAAUUGAUAGCAUACGAGAAAAUUUAGUUGAGGUCUCAGGCUUGGUCUGUCAAAAUGUUGAGAAUUUCGACCCAGUGAUCGAUUUUAGCGGUCCUAUUCAAGAUUCUGCCAUGAAUCCAGGUGAUUAUACGUUAUAUACGAGGGGAAUUUGUAGCGGUUCAAUGGACGUUAAAGCACCCGUAGAACAAGAAAAUACUUCAACACGAAAGAACUUUAAAGAAUCAGAUAUAUACGACAACCAAAUUCGGAAUUCUUUAGAACAAGAAUCUCAAGGACUCGAUGCACCCAUAUCUUUGAAAAGUGGUGGAAUUGCAGCAAGGAUCGAAACACUCAAACAACAGGAUACAGAGAUAAACCUCCAGUUUCAAGAAGAUGACCCAGGCGUGACAACAUUAAAUCCAGAGAUUUUAACGGAUACUUGCAAACUCGAACAACCUUAUGAAUUUGUAGGAGCUGAAACAGAGAAGAUUGAAAACCCGGGGAGACUGGACAAAAGUCAAGGUGAGUGGAAGAGACUCGCCGAAAACUUUCCUGUCAAGAGCAAUAAGGAAAUCUAUGAUCUAGAGGAAGCAGAAGUAACCACAAUAGACCAGAUUUUUCCUCCUAAUGAGACCAUUGGAGAAAGAGCCACGGUUGAACAGGAUGUCGAGGAAACCAGAGGAAGCACUGAAAAAUUUGAUAAGCCUGUCUUACAUGAAUGUAAGUCUGUAAAGGGAAGCUCCGAAGAAAGGAUUCAUGAAUCUCGUGACAAGCUUGCCAAGAGUCAACCUUCUGGGAACGGAGAAGAAAAAGAGGACAGUCAAAUAGAUAGUGAGCGUUGUACGACAGGCCAAGAAGAGCAUGGUCAGAGUACUACAAGUUUCGCUCAUCUCCUUGAUGCAACAAUAUGGAAAUUGCUGAAUAUCCAAGAUGGUGAUCGAAAGCUAGAAGAAAAGCACGUUGAAAAAAGUACAGAAAAUCGUAAAGAAGCUACAAAAAGAGAUUCCACAGCCCAAUACUUGGUUUCGACCACUAAGGAGAAUGUUGAAAUAGACAGAGCUAUAGAGAGGACGAACAUCUCAACAGUAUUCUUCAUUACACUGCUUGUUUUGUUAAUAGCUUAUGUAAUUGCACGGCAAUGCUAG